CAAUCGAGUCAAGAAUCGUUAGCUGGGGAAAAUCUGUUGUUUUCUAGUGCCUAUUUUGGUGGAAGAAUAAGCGCUUUUUCAUUGGUUCUUCAACGCUGACAGUUGAUCCCUCGGAGUGUUGUGGAUAAUAUAAAUGAGAUCAACUCCAAAGACUCCUGAGACUAAGGAGCAGCAGGAUUGUUAAGAUUUUCGAUUGUAGCGUUAUAUAACUAAUGCGCCGAUAGUGGAAAUUUUGCAAAGGCCUACCCUGAUUGAACGCGAGCUAGCAAUCAACGCGCACACCAUGCUGCGACAUGCUCGGUAGCCAAACCUCCUAACGGACAUGCGCGGAGCUUCUAUUUUUGUUUAGAAUUGUUGGGAAAAACUCGAAAGACGCAAAAACUAGUCCAGUGCCGAUUGUUGUCAAGUUGAUUUUCGCUUUUUUUGAUUAAGGAAAAAUGCCGCGGAAAGUACCGAUUAGAACGCUUUCGGAACUAGCUUUGACAGCAGUUGCGGGAUCGAUUGUGAACGCCAUUGGAAAUACGCUACAAAACUCGUUUAGCUUUGAACUGGAUCCGGAUAUAACGAUUGUUAUGGUGGAAAUCAACUCCUAUCUGGAGAACAUGGGUGCCACCAGCAGUAUUUAUGAGGAUCUUUUGCGAGUUAUCCUCAGUUCCGACGCUCUCGAAGGGUCAAUUCGGCUAUGUUGUAUGCAAAUGCUGCUGAAUGAAGGUGUUCACACUUUGGCAACGGAUAUGUUCCACUUGAGCUACUACGAAAGGAUUCUACAGACGCUAGCUAGGCAAGGUAGGGGUUUGCGACAGCUGAACAUGAAAGGAGUUUGGAUCAAAGACGAUAUGAUGUGUUUUAUGUUUGAGGUUGUCAAGCACCUGUCGCAUUUGACGAAACUGACGGUUCCGCACAUCGCAAACGACGAUCUGCUGAAGCACAUAGCCGAUUAUUCCAAGUACAUGCGGCAGCUCGAUAUCAGCGGAGACACCGAUAUCACCGAAAUAGGGCUCGAAUACCUUUGCUACGGAGAAUGUAGGAACAAUUUGACCGUUAUCGAUAUUGGAUCUCUCGGAGAGGAAAAUAUUUGUCACACCGAUAUCGCCCUGCUAUUGAUGAAUCUUCCGAACUUGGUGAGUCUAGCGAGUUACUCAUUUGUAGGGCGAAGCCUCUGUCACAUACUCGAGGAUAAGGAUCCAGCCUUCAAAUGUAAGCUUGUCUACCUCCACGAUACGGCCACCAAAGGUAAAACACUAGACGCCAUCAUCAGCACCUGUCCAAAACUGGUAGACAUCUACCUCGACUAUCCAGAGGCAGGCAUAUUGCAGAAACUUAAGGCUGUAAGCUUAAAACGGUUGAAGCUUUACAAAUUCAGUUGUGUCGAGCUACUUUCUCUGCUUGAGCCGAAAGGAGACAUCCUACGACAUUUGACCCUAAUAAAAGGUCGCGGAACCUUGGAAGUUCACAACCUUAUUCGUUGUAGCCCAAAUCUUGUCGAUCUAGACUUCUAUCUAAUGGACUCACUCACUUUCUCCGGCGAUCGAGGCUUCCACGAUCUGCAAGGUCUGGAGAUCCUCAGCUCACCGAUUUCACAAACCGGACUACUGGAUCUCCUGUCACACAACACUUCGCUUAAACGAAUCGCAAUCGACAGCGUCCCCUUCACCGACGAAGAAUUCUGCAAUCUGCUUGUCGAAAAGGAUUUCUACCAAUUGGAAGAUAUCUGGUUUACUACAGCUCCUCACAUGACCAUGGCUAGUAUCGAGAUGCUCAUGGAUCGAUGCCCGGAGCUGCAGAGCCUUGGCCAGCUCAGCGGUUGGUCGAUGAAUCCGGAUGACGUAACGCUGCUGCGCGGGAUCCUCAAGAGCUGCAACGCCUCACUGAUGCUGCCCCUCGCUCGCUUCUCCAUCAUCAAUCGAUCGCGCCAUUGAGGAAUCUUCACCUGCCCUGUGCCUUUGUAAAGCUAAUCAAUAAUAGAUUUAUUUUCCUUUUAUUUCCUUCCGGCACUCGAUCCCACUCGCUAUCUUUCUCACUCUCUC